CCAAGGAGCCAGCGGAGGGACAGCAACAGGAGCACUGGGCGCUGCGGCCAACGUGGGCAGGGAGUGGAGCAGACACAGCAGAACUUGAAUUUUGCAUACCAGUCACCAACAAUGAACAGCCACACCUCUCCUCCUUGUGACACCUUGGUCCCCAAGGGCAUGAAGCUGAUCACCAUCCCCAAGACAGUGAAGGCUGUUCAGGGAACUGAGAUUCCCCCUGGGCCCCAGCCUGUAGCAGUGCAGGCCAAGAGCAUUACAGGGGUAUUUGUGGAGGUCUCAGGUGAGAUCCAUUGCAUCUAUGGGGCAAUGAAGCAGGGCCUUCUGCCCAGUGGACUCGGGCUGGCUCUACUGGAGGUACAGGCAGCCACUGGGGGUUUGUUGGACCCCACCAAGGGUCAGCUGCUCUCUGUAUCUGAGGCCUUGCAUCAGGGCCUGGUAGGCCUAGAGCUGAAGGAGAAGCUGCUGACUGCAGAGCGUGCAGUCACUGGCUACCCUGACCCCUAUGGGGGAGGGAAGCUGGCCCUCUUCCAGGCCAUUGGGAAGGAGGUUGUGGAUGCAGCCCUAGGGAGGAGCUGGCUAGAAGCCCAGCUAGCCACUGGAGGGCUGGUGGACCCCAGCCAGGGUGUGUGCAUACCCCCAGAACUGGCCUGCCAGCAGGGCCUCCUAGACCAGAAGACAUGGAAGGACCUACUGGAGUGGCAUCCUGGUCCUGGAGCCCCUGGUUUCCUGGACCCCAACACACUGGAGCGGCUGCCCUACCGGGAGCUUCUGGGCAGGUGUGUGCCAGACCCCAGCACUGGGCUGCCUCUGCUGCCCCUCAAGACCAUAUUCCACACCCUGGGUGGGGCAGUGAGUUCCACCGAGCUGCUGGAAGCUGGGAUCCUGGACAGAGACACGGUCCAGGGCCUGCAGGAGGGCAGACUCAGAGCCCUAGAUGUGGGUGCAAACCCAGAAGUUCGGGGCUAUCUACAAGGCACAGGCGGCAUGGCCGGGGUUGUCCUGCUGCCCACAGGCCAUAAGAAGAGCCUCUUCCAGGCAGUAACAGAACAUCUGAUUCCUGAAGGCACCGCUCUCAUGCUCCUCGAGGCUCAGGCUGCUACUUGCACACUGCUGGACCCAGCCACCGGCCAGCAGCUGGGAGUGGAUGAGGCAGUCAGGGUGGGUCUGGUGGGUCCAGAGCUCCAUGGGCAGCUCCUAGUAGCCGAGCAGGCAGUGACAGGAUACCAUGACCCCUUCAGUGGUGCCUGUAUAACCCUCUUCCAGGCCAUGAAGAAGAAGUUGGUGGACAAGCCUCUGGCACUGAGACUCUUGGAUGCCCAGCUAGCCACAGGGGGGCUGGUGAGCCCAGCCCGGAGACUCCGGUUGCCCCUGGAGGCUGCCCUGCGCUUUGGCUGCCUAGAUGAGGAGACCCAUCAGCACCUCCUGCAGGCCAGCGGCUUCUUGGACCCCAAUACACAGGACAAGCUUGGCUACAGGCAGCUGCUGUCCUGCUGUGUCACUGACCCAGAGACUGGGCUGGCCUUCCUGCCUCUCACAAGGGCAGCCCAGGACAAGGAGCCUGAGGCCCCCGUGCUCAUUGAGAACAGCACCCGGCAGGCCCUGAGUGCCGCCAUCACCACCAUUUCUGUGGGCAAGUUCCAGGGCCGGCCUGUGUCCCUCUGGGAGCUGCUAUUCUCUGAGGCCAUCCCUGUGGCACAGAGGGUGGUACUGGCUCAGCAACACAAGGAAGGGUUAUUGUCCUUGGAAGAGCUGACAGCUGAACUGAAAACCACCAUUGAGCAGGCAGCAGCCGCAGCCCAGGUCACCUUCACAGGGCUGAGGGUGGCGGUGACACCAGGAGAGCUACUGAAAGCAGAGAUCAUCAACCGGGAUGUGUAUGAGCAGUUGGAGCGGGGCCAGACCACGGCCCAGGAUGUGGGUAGCCUGGACACAGUGCACAAGUACCUGCAGGGCACCGGAUGUAUCUCAGGGCUGCUGCUGCCUGACUCCCAGGAACGGCUCAGCAUAUAUGAGGCCCGCCGGCAAGGGCUCCUGCGGCCUGGCACAGCUCUCAUUCUCCUGGAGGCACAGGCCGCCACUGGCUUUGUCAUUGACCCCAAAGAGAACAAGAGGUACUCUGUGGAGGAGGCACUACGGGCUGGCAUCGUGGGGGCUGAUGUAUUCUCAAAGCUACUGUCUGCAGAGCGCGCCGUCACCGGCUACACUGACCCCUACUCCGGGGAGCAGAUCUCCCUCUUCCAGGCCAUGAAGCGUGACUUGAUCGUGCAUGACCACGGCAUCCGCCUGCUGGAGGCCCAGAUCGCCACAGGGGGCGUCAUCGACCCCGUGCACAGCCACCGAGUGCCCGUGGAUGUGGCCUACAGGCGCGGCUACUUCGACGAGGACAUGAACCGUGUGCUGGCCGACCCCAGCGAUGACACCAAGGGCUUCUUCGACCCCAACACGCACGAGAACCUCACCUACAUGCAGCUGCUGGAGCGCUGUGUGCAGGACCCUGAGACAGGGCUCUACCUGCUGCCACUCAGCAGUGCAAAGCCCCAACUGGUAGAUGAUGCCACCCGCCAGGCCUUCCAGAGCCUGAUGUUGUCAGUGAAGUACGGGCGCUUUCGGGGACAUAGGAUCUCCGCCUGGGAACUGGUCAACUCCGAGUAUUUCAGUGAGGCCCAGAGGAGACAGCUGCUGCAGAGCUUCCGGCUGCGGCAGGUGUCCCUGGAGCAGGUAGCCCAGCAGCUACAGAGGGAGGCAGCCCAGUGGGCAAACAUAACACUGCCUGCGCUCCGGGGCCAGGUCACUGCCUACCAGCUCCUGGAGGCCUGCAUCAUUGACCAGGAGCUCUUUGAGCAGGUGCUAGUGGGGGCAGUCACUCCCGAGGAGCUCCUCCACAGGGAUACAGUGCAGAGGUACCUGCGGGGCUCUGGGGCAGUGGGCGGUGUGCUGCUGCAGCCUUCCAACCAGCCACUCAGCCUCUACCAGGCCAUGAAGGAGAAGCUGCUGGCACCAGGGGUGGCCUUGGCACUGCUGGAGGCCCAGGCAGCUACUGGGACCAUCCUGGACCCCCGCAGCCAGGAAGCUCUGUCUGUGGAAGAGGCCGUGCAUAGGGAGCUGGUGGGCCCAGAGCUGUAUGCCAGGCUGCAGAGGGCCGAGGAUGCUGUCACUGGCUUCAGAGACCCCUUCUCUGGGAAGCAGGUGUCUGUGUUCCAAGCCAUGAAGAAGGGCCUUGUCUCUGCAGAGCAGGCUGCCCGUCUCCUGGAUGCCCAGGUGGCAACUGGAGGUGUCAUAGACCCCAGUGGUCACUAUCACCUCCCCCUGGCUGUGGCCACCCAGCGUGGCUACAUCGACCAGGACAUGGAGACUGCCUUGCACAGCUCAGCUGAUACCUUCCCCACACCUGACGGCCGGGGCCACACCAGCUAUGCCCAGCUGCUCCAGCAGUGUGUGCUGGACCAGGGCUCCGGCCUGCACCUCCUGCCCCUGCCAGAGAACAAGCCCUCUCUUCCCACUGACCAGCAGGUACAGGACACCCUGCAGGCCAUGAGGGGCACAGAGGAUGGCACCUCACUCUGGGAGCUCCUUAGUUCUUGCUACUUCACUGAGGAGCAGCGACAACGCUUCGUGGAAGACUUCCGGGUGGGGAAGACCAAAGUGAAGCAGCUCCAGACUGCCGUAUGCAAGUGGGUACAGGUGGCAGAGCUGCUGGCAUGGACCCGUGUCUCAGUGCCUGGACCCCGGGGCCCAGUGCCUGCCUCCUGGCUGUUGGAUACUGGUAUUAUCACCCAGGAGACCCUGGCAGCACUGGCCCAGGGUAGGCAGUCACCUGAGGAGGUGGCAGAGCUGCCAGUAGUUAAAGCCUACCUGUGGGGCACAGGGUGUGUGGCUGGGGUACUGCUGAGGCCAUCAGGGACAGUGGUGAGCAUCACUCAGGCUGUGAAGGAUGGGCUCUUGCCUGAAGGCCUGGGGAGGAGACUUCUGCAGGCCCAAGUGUCAGCUGGCUCCCUCAUUGACCCUCUGACCAACCAGAAGCUGUCAGUGGAAGGCGCAGUCAAAGCUGGCCUGGUGAGCAGGGCACAGAGUGAGCAGCUCUUACAGGCUGAGAAGGCUGUGGCUGGAUACACAGACCCCUACUCAGGGGGAUGCCUCUCACUGUGGCAAGCCAUGGAGAAGGGGCUGGUGCCCCAGAGCGAGGGCUUCCCACUCCUACAGGUGCAGCUGGCCACAGGAGGUGUGGUGGACCCAGCCCAUGGGGUACGGCUACCCCGGGAGGCAGCUUGUCGGCUCGGCCUCUUAGAUGCACAGACCAUGCAGUUGCUGACCUCUGAGGAUGAGAGCUGCAAGUUCUUCUUUGACCCUAACACACAGGACAAGCUGACAUACCAGCAGCUUAAGGAACACUGCAUCCAGGAUGCCAACACAGGUCUGUGGCUUCUGCCACUGUCAGAGGACACAGCCAUGAAGCUGGAUGAGCACACAGCAGUAGCACUGAGAGCCAUGAAGGUGCCUGUGGGUCUGGGGCGCUUCCAGGGACACAGCGUGUCACUCUGGGACCUGCUACACUCAGAGUACGUGGUGGCCAGCAAGCGGCGGGAGCUGGCUGCACUCUGCCAGUCUGGGAGAGCUACAGCACUGCGGCAGGCAGUCAGUGCCAUUCUAGAGCUGGUCCAGGCCGCCGAGAAGCAGCCCUCGCAGGCCACUUUCAAAGGGCUUCGAAAGCAGGUGUCUGCAGGUGACCUGUUCAGGUCCCAACUGAUCGACAAGAAGACCCUGGAUGAGCUGAAUCAGGGGAAAAGGACAGUGAAGGAGGUGACAGAGAUGGACAAUGUAAAGCGGUUUUUAGAAGGGGGUAACUUCAUUGCCGGGGUCCUUGUGCAGACCACUAAAGAGAAGAUGAGCAUAUCCGAGGCAUUAAGGAGACAAGUGCUGCGGCCUGGCACAGCCCUGGUACUGCUGGAGGCACAGGCUGCCACCGGCUUUCUCAUUGACCCUGUGAAGAACCGGAAGCUGACGGUGGAAGAGGCCUUUGCAGAAGGCAUGUUUGGAAAGGAAACAUACCAAAAGCUGCUAUCUGCCGAGCGAGCCGUCACCGGCUACACUGACCCCUACUCUGGGGAGCAGAUCUCCCUCUUCCAGGCCAUGAAGCGUGACCUGAUCGUGCACGACCAUGGCAUCCGCCUGCUGGAGGCCCAGAUCGCCACGGGGGGCAUCAUUGACCCCGUGCACAGCCACCGAGUGCCCGUGGACGUGGCCUACAAGCGCGGCUACUUCGACGAGGACAUGAACCGUGUGCUGGCCGACCCCAGUGAUGACACCAAGGGCUUCUUCGACCCCAACACGCACGAGAACCUCACCUACAUGCAGCUGCUGGAGCGCUGUGUGCGGGACCCUGACACGGGGCUCUACAUGCUGCAAAUUGUGAAAAAAGGAGAGGCAUACAUGUACAUCGAUGAAGCCACAAGGCAGGCUCUGCAAUCCCAGACGGUCAGGAUGCACAUGGGAAGGUUUGCCAAUCAGACGGUUUCUGUCUGGGACAUACUGUCUUCUCCAUACUUCUCAGAGGACAGAAAAUGUGCACUAGUACAGGAGUACAAAGCUCAGCAAAUAAGCAUAGAGCAGCUGCUGAAGAUCAUCACAGCAAUGGUCGAAGAAACAGAGAAGCAAAGCCAAGUUAUAAAGGUGGCAGCUGUGAGUGGGGAGGUGACAGCAGCAGAGCUGUUCAACUCUGGCAUCAUUGAUAAGAAGAUCCUGGAUGAGCUGCACAUGACAGGCUCAGGGUUACAGGACCUCAGGCAACUGGAGCAUGUGAAGACCUAUUUGGAAGGCAAGGGCUGCAUUGCAGGGGUGAUCAUACCGACCACAGGAGAGGUCAUGAGCUUCUAUGAAGCCAGCAAGAAGGGACUCAUCCCGGAGGGGAUCACAGCUCAGCUACUGGAGGCACAGGUGGCGACAGGGUUUCUGCUAGACCCUCGAAGCUCCAAGAGAUUGAGAGUUGAGGAAGCCGUGGAAGCCGGCCUAGUAGGAAGAGUACUGCGGGAAAGGUUGCUGUAUGCAGAGAGAGCUGCCAUGGGAUAUGUGGACCCAGGCACGAAACACACACUCUCACUGUUUGAAGCGAUGGAGAAAAAGCUGGUCAGGCGAGACCAGGCACUCAAACUACUGGAGGUGCAGGUGGCCACAGGAGGCAUCAUUGACCCAGUGCACCACCACCGGCUACCACUAGAUAUUGCAUGCAUGCGUGGUUAUCUGAACCAGGACACCUAUCUAUUGGUGUCAGAUCAGCAGCGAAUAAAUAAGAGGUUUCAGGACCCAAACAUGAAGGAGAAGGUCACAUAUAAGGAACUACAAGAGAGGAGCCAGAUGGACAAAAAUACAGGCUGGAUGUUGUUCCCGGUGGUUAGUGACUCUAAGGAUAUCAGGACCAUUGAUGAAGCCACAAGAAAGGCCUUGAAGGCUGAACUGAUUGAUGUGCCAGUGGGCAGGUACCGGGGCCAGAAGCUAUCACUGUGGGAACUACUCAACUCAGAGUAUGUGACAGAAGACAAAAAGAUAGAGUUGGUACACAGGUACAAGAGAGAUACAGCACUGGAACUUGAAAAGAUAAUACAGAUUGUUGUUGGGUUAAUAGAAGAAAAAGAAAAAAGCAAUAAACAAUUAUGGUUCCGAGGGAUUAGAAGACAAGUCAGUGCAUCCGAACUAGCUAAUGCUGGCAUUAUCUCACAAGAGACCCUCCAAGAGCUGAAACAGGGAGAGAGAACUUUGAAUGAAAUUGACAAGAGAGAGGAGGUCAGGCGCUACCUGCAGGGCACGAGCUGCAUCGCGGGCGUGCUGGUGCCCGGGCAGGACGGCUCGGGCCGGCCCGAGAAGAUGAGCAUCUACCAGGCCAUGUGGAAGGGCGUGCUGCGGCCCGGCACGGCCCUGGUGCUGCUGGAGGCGCAGGCGGCCACGGGCUUCGUCGUGGACCCCGUGGGCAACCAGAGGCUGUCGGUGGAGGAGGCCGUGGCCGCGGGCCUGGUGGGCGGGGAGAUCCGGGACAAGCUGCUGUCGGCCGAGCGAGCCGUCACCGGCUACACUGACCCCUACUCCGGGGAGCAGAUCUCCCUCUUCCAGGCCAUGAAGCGUGACCUGAUCGUGCACGACCACGGCAUCCGCCUGCUGGAGGCCCAGAUCGCCACGGGGGGCGUCAUCGACCCCGUGCACAGCCACCGAGUGCCCGUCGACGUGGCCUACAGGCGCGGCUACUUCGACGAGGACAUGAACCGCGUGCUGGCCGACCCCAGCGACGACACCAAGGGCUUCUUCGACCCCAACACGCACGAGAACCUCACCUACAUGCAGCUGCUGCGCCGCUGCGUGCAGGACCCCGACACGGGGCUCUACAUGCUGCAGCUUGCACCCCGGGGCUCUGCCCUGCACCAGCUGAGCGACGAGCUGCGCCAGGCCCUGCGCCAGGCCCGAGUCACCCUGGCCUCGGGCCCCCUGCAGGCCCAGAGCCUCUCGGUCUGGGAGCUGCUCUUCUACCGCGAGGUGUCCGAGAGCCAGAGGCAGGACCUGCUGCGCAGGUACCGGGCCGGGGAGCUCACCGCCCAGGACCUGGGGGCCUCCCUCGCCUCCCUGCUGGCCAGGGCCCAGACCGCCACCGGGAGCCCCGGCGCAGAACCCUCGGACACGCAGGGCGCCCUGCGGGCCGCCACCAUGGAGGUGCGCGUGGGUCCCCUUAGGGGCCCGGCGGUGCCCGUGUGGGAUGUGCUGGCGUCCAGCUACGUGAGCGGCGCCACCCGCCAGCAGCUGCUGGCCCAGUUCAGCUCGGGCAGCCUGGGCCUGCCCUCUCUGACCCGCAGGCUGACCACCAUCAUCGAGGAGGCCGAGACGGAAAAGGACAGUGGGGCCGCUCAAGGCCAAAGGCGGCCCGGUCCCCAGGGGCCAGGGGACGGUCCCUCAGGGUCCUCCUGGGUCAAGACCGAGACCGAGACCGAGUCCGAGUCAGCCAGACGCCAGCAGGAGCAAGCCCUGCGUGCCGCCACCAUGGAGGUGCACGUGGGCCAGUUCCGCGGGCGCACAGUGUCCGUGUGGGACGUGCUCUUCUCCUCCUACCUGAGCCAGGCGCGGCGGGAGGAGCUCCUGGCCCAGCACCAGGCUGGCUCCCUGGGCCUGGAGGGCCUGGUCAGCCUGCUGACGCAGCUCAUCCAGGAGGCCGAGGAGAGGCUGAGCAAGGUGUCCUUCCGGGGCCUGCGGCGCCAGGUGUCCGCCUCUGAGCUGCACACGUCCGGCAUCCUGGGCCCCGACACCCUGCGGGACCUGGCCCAGGGCACCAAGAGCCUGCAGGAGGUGACGGAGAUGGACUCGGUGAAGCGCUACCUGCAGGGCACGAGCUGCAUCGCGGGCGUGCUGGUGCCCGGGCAGGACGGCUCGGGCCGGCCCGAGAAGAUGAGCAUCUACCAGGCCAUGUGGAAGGGCGUGCUGCGGCCCGGCACGGCCCUGGUGCUGCUGGAGGCGCAGGCGGCCACGGGCUUCGUCGUGGACCCCGUGGGCAACCAGAGGCUGUCGGUGGAGGAGGCCGUGGCCGCGGGCCUGGUGGGCGGGGAGAUCCGGGACAAGCUGCUGUCGGCCGAGCGAGCCGUCACCGGCUACACUGACCCCUACUCCGGGGAGCAGAUCUCCCUCUUCCAGGCCAUGAAGCGUGACCUGAUCGUGCACGACCACGGCAUCCGCCUGCUGGAGGCCCAGAUCGCCACGGGGGGCGUCAUCGACCCCGUGCACAGCCACCGAGUGCCCGUCGACGUGGCCUACAGGCGCGGCUACUUCGACGAGGACAUGAACCGCGUGCUGGCCGACCCCAGCGACGACACCAAGGGCUUCUUCGACCCCAACACGCACGAGAACCUCACCUACAUGCAGCUGCUGCGCCGCUGCGUGCAGGACCCCGACACGGGGCUCUACAUGCUGCAGCUUGCACCCCGGGGCUCUGCCCUGCACCAGCUGAGCGACGAGCUGCGCCAGGCCCUGCGCCAGGCCCGAGUCACCCUGGCCUCGGGCCCCCUGCAGGCCCAGAGCCUCUCGGUCUGGGAGCUGCUCUUCUACCGCGAGGUGUCCGAGAGCCAGAGGCAGGACCUGCUGCGCAGGUACCGGGCCGGGGAGCUCACCGCCCAGGACCUGGGGGCCUCCCUCGCCUCCCUGCUGGCCAGGGCCCAGACCGCCACCGGGAGCCCCGGCGCAGAACCCUCGGACACGCAGGGCGCCCUGCGGGCCGCCACCAUGGAGGUGCGCGUGGGUCCCCUUAGGGGCCCGGCGGUGCCCGUGUGGGAUGUGCUGGCGUCCAGCUACGUGAGCGGCGCCACCCGCCAGCAGCUGCUGGCCCAGUUCAGCUCGGGCAGCCUGGGCCUGCCCUCUCUGACCCGCAGGCUGACCACCAUCAUCGAGGAGGCCGAGACGGAAAAGGACAGUGGGGCCGCUCAAGGCCAAAGGCGGCCCGGUCCCCAGGGGCCAGGGGACGGUCCCUCAGGGUCCUCCUGGGUCAAGACCGAGACCGAGACCGAGUCCGAGUCAGCCAGACGCCAGCAGGAGCAAGCCCUGCGUGCCGCCACCAUGGAGGUGCACGUGGGCCAGUUCCGCGGGCGCACAGUGUCCGUGUGGGACGUGCUCUUCUCCUCCUACCUGAGCCAGGCGCGGCGGGAGGAGCUCCUGGCCCAGCACCAGGCUGGCUCCCUGGGCCUGGAGGGCCUGGUCAGCCUGCUGACGCAGCUCAUCCAGGAGGCCGAGGAGAGGCUGAGCAAGGUGUCCUUCCGGGGCCUGCGGCGCCAGGUGUCCGCCUCUGAGCUGCACACGUCCGGCAUCCUGGGCCCCGACACCCUGCGGGACCUGGCCCAGGGCACCAAGAGCCUGCAGGAGGUGACGGAGAUGGACUCGGUGAAGCGCUACCUGCAGGGCACGAGCUGCAUCGCGGGCGUGCUGGUGCCCGGGCAGGACGGCUCGGGCCGGCCCGAGAAGAUGAGCAUCUACCAGGCCAUGUGGAAGGGCGUGCUGCGGCCCGGCACGGCCCUGGUGCUGCUGGAGGCGCAGGCGGCCACGGGCUUCGUCGUGGACCCCGUGGGCAACCAGAGGCUGUCGGUGGAGGAGGCCGUGGCCGCGGGCCUGGUGGGCGGGGAGAUCCGGGACAAGCUGCUGUCGGCCGAGCGAGCCGUCACCGGCUACACUGACCCCUACUCCGGGGAGCAGAUCUCCCUCUUCCAGGCCAUGAAGCGUGACCUGAUCGUGCACGACCACGGCAUCCGCCUGCUGGAGGCCCAGAUCGCCACGGGGGGCGUCAUCGACCCCGUGCACAGCCACCGAGUGCCCGUCGACGUGGCCUACAGGCGCGGCUACUUCGACGAGGACAUGAACCGCGUGCUGGCCGACCCCAGCGACGACACCAAGGGCUUCUUCGACCCCAACACGCACGAGAACCUCACCUACAUGCAGCUGCUGCGCCGCUGCGUGCAGGACCCCGACACGGGGCUCUACAUGCUGCAGCUUGCACCCCGGGGCUCUGCCCUGCACCAGCUGAGCGACGAGCUGCGCCAGGCCCUGCGCCAGGCCCGAGUCACCCUGGCCUCGGGCCCCCUGCAGGCCCAGAGCCUCUCGGUCUGGGAGCUGCUCUUCUACCGCGAGGUGUCCGAGAGCCAGAGGCAGGACCUGCUGCGCAGGUACCGGGCCGGGGAGCUCACCGCCCAGGACCUGGGGGCCUCCCUCGCCUCCCUGCUGGCCAGGGCCCAGACCGCCACCGGGAGCCCCGGCGCAGAACCCUCGGACACGCAGGGCGCCCUGCGGGCCGCCACCAUGGAGGUGCGCGUGGGUCCCCUUAGGGGCCCGGCGGUGCCCGUGUGGGAUGUGCUGGCGUCCAGCUACGUGAGCGGCGCCACCCGCCAGCAGCUGCUGGCCCAGUUCAGCUCGGGCAGCCUGGGCCUGCCCUCUCUGACCCGCAGGCUGACCACCAUCAUCGAGGAGGCCGAGACGGAAAAGGACAGUGGGGCCGCUCAAGGCCAAAGGCGGCCCGGUCCCCAGGGGCCAGGGGACGGUCCCUCAGGGUCCUCCUGGGUCAAGACCGAGACCGAGACCGAGUCCGAGUCAGCCAGACGCCAGCAGGAGCAAGCCCUGCGUGCCGCCACCAUGGAGGUGCACGUGGGCCAGUUCCGCGGGCGCACAGUGUCCGUGUGGGACGUGCUCUUCUCCUCCUACCUGAGCCAGGCGCGGCGGGAGGAGCUCCUGGCCCAGCACCAGGCUGGCUCCCUGGGCCUGGAGGGCCUGGUCAGCCUGCUGACGCAGCUCAUCCAGGAGGCCGAGGAGAGGCUGAGCAAGGUGUCCUUCCGGGGCCUGCGGCGCCAGGUGUCCGCCUCUGAGCUGCACACGUCCGGCAUCCUGGGCCCCGACACCCUGCGGGACCUGGCCCAGGGCACCAAGAGCCUGCAGGAGGUGACGGAGAUGGACUCGGUGAAGCGCUACCUGCAGGGCACGAGCUGCAUCGCGGGCGUGCUGGUGCCCGGGCAGGACGGCUCGGGCCGGCCCGAGAAGAUGAGCAUCUACCAGGCCAUGUGGAAGGGCGUGCUGCGGCCCGGCACGGCCCUGGUGCUGCUGGAGGCGCAGGCGGCCACGGGCUUCGUCGUGGACCCCGUGGGCAACCAGAGGCUGUCGGUGGAGGAGGCCGUGGCCGCGGGCCUGGUGGGCGGGGAGAUCCGGGACAAGCUGCUGUCGGCCGAGCGAGCCGUCACCGGCUACACUGACCCCUACUCCGGGGAGCAGAUCUCCCUCUUCCAGGCCAUGAAGCGUGACCUGAUCGUGCACGACCACGGCAUCCGCCUGCUGGAGGCCCAGAUCGCCACGGGGGGCGUCAUCGACCCCGUGCACAGCCACCGAGUGCCCGUCGACGUGGCCUACAGGCGCGGCUACUUCGACGAGGACAUGAACCGCGUGCUGGCCGACCCCAGCGACGACACCAAGGGCUUCUUCGACCCCAACACGCACGAGAACCUCACCUACAUGCAGCUGCUGCGCCGCUGCGUGCAGGACCCCGACACGGGGCUCUACAUGCUGCAGCUUGCACCCCGGGGCUCUGCCCUGCACCAGCUGAGCGACGAGCUGCGCCAGGCCCUGCGCCAGGCCCGAGUCACCCUGGCCUCGGGCCCCCUGCAGGCCCAGAGCCUCUCGGUCUGGGAGCUGCUCUUCUACCGCGAGGUGUCCGAGAGCCAGAGGCAGGACCUGCUGCGCAGGUACCGGGCCGGGGAGCUCACCGCCCAGGACCUGGGGGCCUCCCUCGCCUCCCUGCUGGCCAGGGCCCAGACCGCCACCGGGAGCCCCGGCGCAGAACCCUCGGACACGCAGGGCGCCCUGCGGGCCGCCACCAUGGAGGUGCGCGUGGGUCCCCUUAGGGGCCCGGCGGUGCCCGUGUGGGAUGUGCUGGCGUCCAGCUACGUGAGCGGCGCCACCCGCCAGCAGCUGCUGGCCCAGUUCAGCUCGGGCAGCCUGGGCCUGCCCUCUCUGACCCGCAGGCUGACCACCAUCAUCGAGGAGGCCGAGACGGAAAAGGACAGUGGGGCCGCUCAAGGCCAAAGGCGGCCCGGUCCCCAGGGGCCAGGGGACGGUCCCUCAGGGUCCUCCUGGGUCAAGACCGAGACCGAGACCGAGUCCGAGUCAGCCAGACGCCAGCAGGAGCAAGCCCUGCGUGCCGCCACCAUGGAGGUGCACGUGGGCCAGUUCCGCGGGCGCACAGUGUCCGUGUGGGACGUGCUCUUCUCCUCCUACCUGAGCCAGGCGCGGCGGGAGGAGCUCCUGGCCCAGCACCAGGCUGGCUCCCUGGGCCUGGAGGGCCUGGUCAGCCUGCUGACGCAGCUCAUCCAGGAGGCCGAGGAGAGGCUGAGCAAGGUGUCCUUCCGGGGCCUGCGGCGCCAGGUGUCCGCCUCUGAGCUGCACACGUCCGGCAUCCUGGGCCCCGACACCCUGCGGGACCUGGCCCAGGGCACCAAGAGCCUGCAGGAGGUGACGGAGAUGGACUCGGUGAAGCGCUACCUGCAGGGCACGAGCUGCAUCGCGGGCGUGCUGGUGCCCGGGCAGGACGGCUCGGGCCGGCCCGAGAAGAUGAGCAUCUACCAGGCCAUGUGGAAGGGCGUGCUGCGGCCCGGCACGGCCCUGGUGCUGCUGGAGGCGCAGGCGGCCACGGGCUUCGUCGUGGACCCCGUGGGCAACCAGAGGCUGUCGGUGGAGGAGGCCGUGGCCGCGGGCCUGGUGGGCGGGGAGAUCCGGGACAAGCUGCUGUCAGCCGAGCGAGCCGUCACCGGCUACACUGACCCCUACUCCGGGGAGCAGAUCUCCCUCUUCCAGGCCAUGAAGCGUGACCUGAUCGUGCACGACCACGGCAUCCGCCUGCUGGAGGCCCAGAUCGCCACGGGGGGCAUCAUCGACCCCGUGCACAGCCACCGAGUGCCCGUCGACGUGGCCUACAGGCGCGGCUACUUCGACGAGGACAUGAACCGCGUGCUGGCCGACCCCAGCGACGACACCAAGGGCUUCUUCGACCCCAACACGCACGAGAACCUCACCUACAUGCAGUUGAUGCAGCGCUGCGUAGUGGACCCAGACACUGGGUUUUUACUUCUUUCUCUGUCUAAAUGAUUUUUUUGUAACUUCUUUUUUAUCUUCUACAAUAUAUGUUUAGAGAUAUAUUUUUCGUUAUGUUAUGUGCUGUUUUUUCUUUUUCC